CGGGGUGUCACCGCUAAUAGAGUCCCCCAGCCCGGGCCCCUGCGGGGGUGACACUGCUGUGCCGCCAACCCCACGCUGCCUCCGCCGCUGGUUCCCCGGGGCCGGUGGGUGCCCGGGAGAUGAGAGAUCGGCCCGGCCUGGAGGCCGCCGGGGGCCGCGGCGAGAUGGCGGCUCCGUGCGCCGAGCGGGAGCGGCAGGAGCGGCUGCGGGAGGCGGCGGCGCUGGGGGACGCGGAGGAGGUUCAGCGGCUGGUGGAGCUGGGGGUCAGCCCCAACUCCCAGAACGAAGUCAACGGCUGGACUUGUUUGCACUGGGCAUGCAAGCGCAACCACGCUGCGGUGGUGGCUUACCUGCUGCGGGCCGGCGCUGACAAGGACAUCCUCACCGCAAAAGGGGAACGGGCGGCCCAGUUAACGUCCAGGAGAGAGAUAAGGAAGAUUUUGGGAGUGGAAGAUGAUGAACUCCCAGCCUUAAAGAACGAUUCGGAUCUGCCAAUCAUCCCUAAUUACCUGGCUAACCCACCUUUCCCUUAUAUUUAUAACACCAUGAGCAACAGCAUUCCGGAUCCCUCCCUCAAUGGGAGUAUCUCACACUUCGAAUCACGAGAUACCGACUCUUCUUUCCUGCCUGAUGCGGAGACCUGCCCAGUUGCAUCAGUACAGCAUGGACACGCUGCUCCGGAUGCAGCAACGUGCUCCAAACCCGCCAUGCAGAGAGCUCCGCUCUACCAGGGCGCCGUGUCCUUGUGCCGAAAUCCCCCGUCGCCCGUUGGAUCAAAUCCGGCUGCACCACAGCAGGAGAACGGCUCCUGCCCGGGGCCUGUGCCAGCGUUUCAGCCGGUUUUCUUCACAGGAGCUUUUCCACUUAAUAUGCAAGAACUGGUGCUUAAAGUUAGAAUACAAAACCCUAAUCUUAGAGAAAAUGACUUCAUUGAAAUUGAACUGGACAGACAAGAACUGACCUAUAAGGAGCUGCUCCGAGUGAGUUGCCGUGAACUGGGUGUUAACCCUGAACACGUACAGAAGAUCAGAAAAUUACCAAAUACAAUGUUAAGAAAGGACAAAGAUGUUGCAAGGCUACAGGAUUUCCAAGAACUGGAGCUUGUUCUAACAGUAAGCGACAAACACUCACUUUUCAGAGUCCCAACGCUUUCUGAACGGAGUGGUUAUAACAAGAAGGCAUCCGAACUGACAUAUUAAUUGCUUAAAGAAUAAAACAAAAGAUUUGCGUCUCUCAUUUUAAAAUUACAUUUGAAAUACAGUAUCUGUAAGGGCUAACAAUGUGAAAAAAAGAUCUAUUUUGUUAACCUGGAAAUAAACUGAAGAUGUUACGCACAGUUACAGCCUCUAGUUAAUCUAAGAGUAAUUAAUCUGAUAUGAAAGUAGCUUAAUGCAAAGCAAGUAUUGGUGAAACUGUUAAUGCAACACUUUUCCUUAGAAAAAUCUUGAAAUACUGUAGAGUUAACAGCUCUCAGGGAAAAGCUUACCUUAAACUGUUCUAAUAGUUUGUUUGCUAUAAAAUAGCAGAGGUACCCAGGCUAAAGAACCUGCCGUGAAACCCAUUUAAUAUUUGUACUGAGUCCAUUACCAUUAAUGUUCACUUUUUAGAUCACAUAUUUUAAAUCAUAUUUUGUUUAGAAGGAAAACAACCAGAAGGGUUUAAAUCUCUAGAAGAAGCACAAAACCAUCUCUAGUUUAAAUACUAACAAGUGACUUAUUACCUGUGAUUUCUUAAUCCCUGUUUACCCUUUUCCCUAUUUCUCAGGUGAAAACAAAAAGUGACAGUAAUUAUCCAAAUCAUAAAUAUGCUCUCAACCAAAAUCCCUUUUAUUGUUGUCUGUCAAUAUAUUGACGUGUGCAAUUGAAAAUACUAUUUUUGUUACUGUAUUGAAAACACAUUUCGCCAACGCUGCUUUAAUUUCCCCUUUUAAAAGCACAAAAAUGGUAAUUUUAGUGUCCUUUUCUCUCUACAUUCCUGAGAAAAAUUGCAUCUUGAAACUUUAAAGUUGCCUGUGUAAAAAAAUUAACUAGUGAAAUGCCCGGGGUUGUCUGGGCUGAUAUUAAAUCUUGAUGUUCCUAUGCAAUGUAUUUCCUUUUUUGUCCAAUGCCUUGUGUUUACCUGCGUUGCUGUCUGAAAAAACAACACUUUUCCUGUGACUUAAAAUUCAGAAUUAGACUACUUUGCUAUGAAAUUCUGAAACAAAUAAAUUGAUAAGUAUUUAAAGAGCUGGAUUUUAUCUAAUUUUUAAGGAUUUUACUCAGAGUAAGACAAAGGGAGAAUUCUAUUCUGGGAAACUGUAGAAGCAUGUAGCAUGAAUUAGAUGAACAAACUUCAGUACCAGAUACAACAGGAAAACAGAACAUGCUGAACCAGAGUGAAUUUCCCACUUUUUCUGUCUUCUCACUCCCUUCUCCCCGGUUUCUUUGGAAACUACAGCACCCAAAGGAUUGCACUGUCUUGCUGCCUAAGAACUGACAGCCCGAGUUAGCGGUACCUUGCAUGCAAACCUGUAAAUGGAUUUAUAUGAGCAGCGUGCUGAGCAGGGAGCCACUCAAACUGUUCCAGCACACGAGAGGGAGCCCUCUCCCCAUCCACCUCGUUUUGUCCAUGCAAACACCCGAAUUUCCUGCGUGCCACUCAACUAGACCGAAGCUCGGUCUCCUAAGGCUGUAGUAGAGCAUUUAGUCACAACACAAUAUCCUUUUCUGCAAAGUGCUGGAGGUCAAACGUGGUCCGAGUCACUGGCAAUAGCUAUUUUUAUACUGAAUCGCUGGUGGUGUAUUAACUUCUGUGUAACGCAGUAAUAAAACUGUUGUUCCUCGUGUUGCACUUUGGCCGUUGUGUUCCCUGGCACAAACACCGCCUAAAUCCAGGGACGUACCAGGCUUAACCAGUCAGACCUAGUGGAGAAAAAGCUCAGCUCUUGGGUUGACGUCUUCCUUGUUACACCGAUUAUCUUGCACCGAUUAUCGCUGUCUAUGCAUUCAGAGGAAUAUUUUUAUACCUUAACACAGUUUAUACUCAGAAAAUACUGUUAACACUCCUAAGUCUGAUUGAUGUAUAAUCAUUACAUUACUGCGUAUGACAAAUAAUUCAUUACUUUGUGCUCCGCUGUAUGAAAUCUUAAUGUUGAAUGAAUGCUUGGCUGCAGGUUCUUGUUUCUAUUUAAGAAGUGUCAUUUGUAAUAAUUAAUAAAUGAUUAUUUUUGCCUUCUCAAA